AUGGCCGAGGGCGAGGACCUGCAGACCUUCACCUCCAUCAUGGACGCCCUCGUCCGCAUCAGCACCAGCAUGAAGAACAUGGAGCGGGAGCUGGUGUGCCCGGUGUGCAAGGAGAUGUACAAGCAGCCGCUGGCCCUGCCCUGCAUGCACAACGUCUGCCACGUCUGCGCCAGCGAGGUGCUGCUGCAGCACGGCUACCUCUGCUGCGACCCCACCUCCGAGCCCUCCUCGCCCGCCGCCACCCCGGCCACCCGCAGCCCACGCCUGGGCCGCAGGGGGGUCCCCAAACCCGACCGCCUGGACCGGCUCCUGAAGUCAGGGUUCGGCACCUACCCAGGGCGAAAGCGGGGCACCGUGCACCCCCAGACCAUCAGCUUCCCCUGCCCGGCCUGCCAGCGGGACAUCGACCUGGGCGAGCGGGGCCUCGGCAGCCUCUUCCGCAACCUGACCCUGGAGCGCGUGGUGGAGCGCUACCGCCAGACCAUCAACAUCAGCGCCGCCAUCAUGUGCCAGUUCUGCAAGCCCCCGCAGCUGGAGGCCACCAAGGGCUGCACGGAGUGCAAGUCCAGCUUCUGCAACGAGUGCUUCAAGCUCUACCACCCCUGGGGCACCCAGAAGGCUCAGCAUGAGCCCACGCCGCCCACGCUCACCUUCCGCCCAAAGGGUCUGAUGUGCCCAGAGCACAAGGAGGAGGUGACUCACUACUGCAAGACCUGCCAGCGGCUGGUGUGCCAGCUCUGCCGCGUGCGACGCACUCACACCAGCCACAAGAUCACGCCGGUGCUCAGCGCCUACCAGGCUCUCAGGGAGAAGCUGACAAAGAGCCUUGCCUACAUCUUGAGCAGCCAGGACACGGUGCAGACCCAGAUUGCCGAGCUGGAGGAGACGGUGAAGCACACGGAGGUGAACGGCUCGCAGGCCAAGGAGGAGGUGUCCCAGCUGAUCCAGGGGCUGUGCGCCAUGCUGGAGGAGAAGCGGGCGUCCCUGCUGCAGGCCAUCGAGGAGUGCCAGCAGGAGCGGCUGGCCAGCCUGCACUACCAGAUCCAAGAGCACCAGGCCAUGCUGGAGAACUCGGGCAUGGUGGGCUACGCCCAGGAGGUGCUGAAGGAGACCGACCACCCCUGCUUUGUCCAGGCUGCCAAGCAGCUGCACAACAGGAUCCUCAGGGCCACCGACUCGCUGCAGAGCUUCCGGCCCGCAGCCACAGCCUCCUUCAGCCACUUCCAGCUGGAUGUCAGCAGGGAGCUGAAGCUGCUCACAGACCUGGCCUUCAUCAAAGUGCCCGAGGCCCCCGUCAUCGACACGCAGCGCACCUACGCCUACGACCAGAUCUUCCUGUGCUGGCGGCUGCCGCAGCACUCACCCCCCGCCUGGCACUACACCGUGGAGUACCGCAAGACGGACACCAAGGCCAAAGGGCUCAAGCUGUGGCAGCGGCGGGAGGAGGUGCGCGGCACCAGCGCCCUCGUCGAGUACCUGGACACCGACAGCGUCUACGUGCUCCGGGUGAAGGGCUGCAACAAGGCGGGCUUCGGGGAGUACAGCGAGGACAUCUACCUGCACACGCCGCCCGCCCCAGUCCUCAACUUCUUCCUGGACAACCGCUGGGGCUUCAACCGGGACCGGCUGGCUAUCAGCAAGGACCAGCGCGCCGUGCGCAGCGUCCCCGGCAUCCCCAUGCUCUUCGCGGCGGAGCGGCUGAUGACCAGCUGCCACCUCUCCAUCGACCUGGUCAUCGGCGACGUGGCCGUCACGCAGGGCAAGAGCUACUGGGCCUGCUGCGUGGAUCCCAGCUCCUACCUGGUCAAGGUGGGCGUGGGGCUGGAGAGCAAACUGCAGGAGUGGUUCCAGGUGCCUCAGGACGUGGUGAGCCCCAGGUACGACCCUGACAGCGGCCACGACAGCGGGGCAGAGGACACGACGGUGGACGCGCCCCCACCCUACGCCUUCCUCACCAUCGGCAUGGGCAAGAUCUUGCUCUCGCAUGGCUCGGCACUCACUUCUCGUGACCCCAACGGCUGCACCGUGCCCUUGCCACCGCGCAUCGGCAUCUGCCUGGACUACGAGCAGGGCAAGGUGAGCUUCUACGACGCCGUGUCCUUCCGUGAGCUCUGGGAGUGUGGCGUGGACUGCUCGGGGCCUGUCUGCCCCGCCUUCUGCUUCAUUGGAGGGGGUGCCCUGCAUCUCCAGGAGCUGGUGGCCAACAAGCAGGAGCGCAAAGUGACCAUCGGGGGCUUCGCCAAGCUGGACUGAGCUGCGCGCGCACUCCCUGCACGCACAUCUGGUGUGACCCCUUCUUGUCAAGCGAGCUUCAGGGCCUGGAGGGGACGCGACCAUGCAGGGAGCGCAGCUCAGCAGGGGCAGCCCC